AUGGACGCCACCACAAGCUCUCUCCUCGACCAGGCCCAUGACGGCGACGCGUCGGCCCUCGCCUCGCUCCUCGCCGACGUCAAGCUCCACGGCCUCACGCCCGAGGUCGCGGGACCAUCCCUCCUUGUCCUCGCAGCCCGCGCCGGGGACCUCGAAGCCGUCGAUAGCUUGCUGGCGGUUGGUCUUGAUGUCAACGCGAUCGUGGCCCAGGACACGACACCCCUCAUCACAGCAGUGCAAAGCGGGCACACUGAGAUUGUGCGAUCGCUCUUACGUCACGGCGCCAGCCCGAAUGUGGCGCCGCCCAGCGGUGUCACAGCACUCCAAGAGGCCUGUCGGCACGGUCUCCCCGCCAUUGCGACGGCAUUGCUCGAGCAUGGCGCCGACACGGAAGCCAGUGCCGACGACGAUGGCGUCACGGCGCUCUGCUACGUCUUUGACGCCAACGACGUCGAGAGUGCGCGCGUGUUGCAUGCGUUUCACGCCAGCGCCAACGUUACGCUCUACGGAAUGCCGCUCUUUCUACUGGCCGUCGAUGUGCACUCGGUCGACUUUACCACAUUGCUCGUUGAAACCUACCAAGUUGAUGUUGAUCAAGUCGAUCGGAACGGCAACACGGCGCUCAUGCUCGCCACGCGCCGCGGCUGGGACGACCUUGUCACGUACCUGGCGCCGCGCUGCAAUGUCAACGCCGUCGCUGCGCACGGGUAUUCGGCGGUUGCGAUUGCUGCAGCGGCCGGCAACCUCAGCCUUGUCCACGCGCUCUACUCGGUGGGCGCGAACCUCGCGCCGUCCAAGCCCGAGCACGAAGCCCCUCUCGAGGCCGCUUGCGCCCAAGGUCAUUUGGACGUCGUCCGCUUCCUCGUCCAGCACGUCAACGAUGUCGACCGUGUCAACGCCGAAGGCACGACGGCGCUGUAUGCAGCUGUCGCACAUGGUGCCGCAGACAUUGUCGCGUGCUUGCUACCGCGCGCCAACGUCGACCGCGUGCUUUCGACCGGAGCGACCUAUUUGUGUGCAGCCGCCUUUGAUGGUCACACGGCGAUCGUCGAGCAGCUGCUUGCGAGCGGCGCCGACCCGAGCCUUCCAGAUGGGGAAGGCAACACACCGCUUUUACAUGCUGUCGCCCAGCACCACGUCGAGAUUGUCGCGCUCCUUUUGCCCGUGCUCGACGUCGCUACCGUCAACAUGCGCAACCGCAUUGGCGAGACGGCCGUGUUUCGUGCCCGGUCGAGCGCGGUGCUGCGACAGCUUUUGGCCGCGGGGGCCAAUCCGCUGCUGUCGCGCUAUGACGGCUGCUCGGUGCUUGGAAAAGCCAUCACGCUCAAGAAGCCCAACAUGGUGACGCUGCUUGUGCCCCUCGUCGACGUCAACGCACCGAUCAAGCGCACGACGGCCUUGCGCUUGGCGGUUGAAACGCGGGAUGAAGUUGUUGUCGCCCGGCUCCUCGAUGCCGGCGCCAACGUCGAUCAAGCUGCCGAGAAUGGACGCACGGCGCUGCAUCUCGCGGCACAGCUGGGCCCGGCAACGAUGAUGGAACGACUGCUUGCCCAUACACAGUGCAUUGACCAGACCUUCCCCGGGGGCUCUACAGCCUUGUCGACUGCCAUCGAGUUUGGCUCGCUCGAUGUCAUUCAGGCACUGCUUCGCCAUGGCGCCAACGUCCACCAUGUGAACGAGCACGGCGUGAGUGUUUUGCAGCUGGCCUGCGCCGUGGGCCGCCCCGAUGUCGUACAGAUCCUCUUGGGCGCAGGCGCUGACCUUGACGCCCAUGACGCGAACGGCUGGAACUGCUUCAUCAUGGCGGUCGACAAGGGUCAAGUCGACGUCGUGCGGCAUCUCUUGCCACUCGUCAAUUCGAAUGAAGAGAUUGUGUCUUCGUUUGCCCCCCGAUUGGUGGCCUGCGAUGGCGCCACGCCCAAGUUCUUUACGAACGGCUUCCGAGCGAUUCACAUUGCGUACGAUGACCACGAUGACCCGAGCAUGUUGCGAGCGCUCAUGGAGUCGCCCGCGCUCGAGAUCAACGCCACAGAUGCGCGACAUGGUCUCUCGGCAUUGCAUUGCGCGUGUGCCAUGGGUCUCAUUUCGUCUGUCGGUCAGCUCCUCACGCAUGCACACAUUGACGUCAACCUGCAAGACAAGGAAGGCAACGCGGCGCUGCAUUACGCGACUGUAAAUGGUCAUAGCAAGAUCGUUGAGCUGCUAAUCGAUGUCAAAGGACCGUCCAUUGAUGCUUCGAUGCCCAACCAGAGUGGGAAGACGGCGCUGAUGCUUGCCGAGGACGAGGGACACGACACCAUCGUCGCGCUGUUGCGCCAAUGA